UUGUUAACUGGUCAUCUGGGUUCCGGAAAGGGGGUGGCGAGUUGUCAAUUCUGCAUUCCAGUGGAUUAUUUUCUUCAGCAAUUUUGUCUCGGUUUUCACACAGUUUUCCAGUGUUUUCCUGGUCAAUUGCAUUUCCUUCGUUUUCUGCAAAGUGGUAAUUUCGUGUAGACGGCCCAGAGUCCGCGAAAUUGCCUCCAGAAAUCCCCCAUUUAACCAGAAAAAAUUUUUGUGCUUUUAAUCCUUCGACGGGACGGUAUUUCAACUGAUAAUGACUGAGAGACAUACAUUUGGUGGGAAUUUGAAUCCCAUCACUUGCCAUGCCUGGAAUAAGGAUCGAUCUCAAAUUGCAAUAUCACCGAAUAACCAUGAGGUGCACAUCUACAAGAGAGAAGGUGCUGCUGAUUGGAAAUUGCUGGAUGUGCUGAAUCAGCACGAUUUGCGUGUGAUGGGGAUUGAUUGGGCCCCAAACACCAAUCGCAUUGUCACCUGUGCUGUGGACAGGAAUGCCUAUGUUUGGACUCAGGGAGAGGAUAGCAAGUGGAAGCCAGCUCUGGUGCUACUGCGUAUCAAUCGGGCAGCUACUUGUGUCAAGUGGUCACCGCUUGAGAAUAAAUUUGCCGUGGGAUCGGGAGCAAGGCUCAUUUCGGUGUGCUACUUCGAGCAGGAGAAUGACUGGUGGGUGUCUAAGCACAUCAAGAAGCCAAUUAGGUCUACUGUGACAUCCCUGGAUUGGCAUCCUAACAAUAUUUUACUCGUGGCUGGAUCCACGGACUACAAGGUGAGAGUUUUCUCUGCAUACAUCAAGGACAUCGAGAAGCAGCCUGAACCAACGGCUUGGGGCGCUAAAAUGCCCCUGGGACAGCUGAUGGGGGAGUUCAAGCACUCUGAACGUGGCGGAGGAUGGGUUCAUAGUGUGAGCUUCUCGGCCGAUGGGAAUAGAAUUUGCUGGACAGGACAUGAUGCUGCCAUUAAGGUGGCUGAUGCUUCCAAUGGGAUGCUCAUUACGAAGAUCCGGACGCCGUAUUUGCCGUUCCUCUGCUGUGAGUGGAUCUCACCGAGAUCCGUGGUCGUGGCUGGGCACAGCUGCAUGCCACUGAUUUACAGCAUUGGCGAUGAGAAUGAGAUCAGCCUCACGGCAAAGCUGGAUCAGACACAGAAGAAAGAAGCUGCGGGCCUCUCAGCCAUGCGCAUCUUCAAGUCUCUGGACAGGAAUUUGCGCACUGAGAAUACGGAUACCAGCCUCGAGUCUAUCCAUCAGAAUGCAAUUGCUUGCUUGAGGAUCUUCGGGGGCUCCAAGGCUUCCGUGUCCAGCAUCAGCACUUCAGGACUCGAUGGACAGCUAGUCAUUUGGGACUUGAACAGCCUCACGCGUUCCAUGCAAGGGCUCAAACUGUAAUCCGGAAGGUAUUUCCAAAGUCUGGGAAAGUUAGGAUUGUAUCCAUUUUAUUUCCAGAACUCUAAAUACAGUGUUUUCAAAUCAA